AUUAUGCAAAAUUUUUACCUUCCAUAAAGGUGAAUGUUAUAGUUCCUAUUCUUUUAUUAGUUUGUUAACGUCUCGAGGUAAACUACUUGUAACUAAGAAGUUCACUUCUCGAGAAUGUUGAAGUUAGGUUAGACGCGCUUUUUCAAAGUAUAUUUACUGAGGCUGAGGAGGUACAGAUUUAAAUCUAAUCUUAUCAGCAAUGAGUUGAUAAUCCAACGAGGCUGAUACUGGAGAGUAAUGUUAAUAUGCGUAUGUGGAAAUAUCUGUGAUCGUCAGAAUGAGAAGGAAUUUAAAAACUGUGUUAAAAUAUCUUUUAAUUUCGUCUGUGACUGUAGUGUUUACUGUGUUGUUUUAUAGGAUAUUUAAAACUAGAGACUUUAGGACGGACAAUGUAAUUUAUAUUGGUGCUAAUAAUAUUGGUAUUGAACCUCUUGCUCCAGAAGAGGUGGCUUUAAUUGACAAUGAAAAAAUUGAUUGGCAUGAUUAUGAUAGGAUCAAAAGGGACGCGCUGAGAACUGGUAGAGGUGAACAGGGCAAGCCAGAACACCUGUAUAGUAACGAAACUGACCAAUAUGAUGCUCUUUAUAAAGUAAAUGGAUUCAAUGCGUUACUUAGUGAUAAAAUUGCUUUAGAUAGAGCCAUACCUGACAUAAGGCAUGCAGGAUGUAAAACGAAAAAGUAUUUGAAGAAUCUUCCGUCGGUAAGUGUAAUAGUUCCUUUCCACAAUGAACACUGGACGACGUUAUUGCGGACAGCCGUGAGUGUCAUCAACAGAUCACCUGCUCAUAUUUUAAAAGAAAUAAUUUUAGUAGACGAUUUCAGUAACAAACCUUUUACGAAGAAACCUCUGGAUGAUUAUCUAGCUGCAAAUUUAACUAAAGUAAGAGUCAUACAUUUACCUGAAAGAAGUGGUCUAAUCAGAGCUAGAUUAGCGGGUGCCAGAGCAGCAACAGCUGAAGUGUUAAUAUUUUUAGAUUCCCAUACUGAAGCCAAUGUUAAUUGGCUUCCGCCUUUGUUAGAACCAAUUGCUCAAGAUUACAAGACUUGCGUGUGCCCUUUUAUAGAUGUGGUAGCAUUCGAAACUUUUGAAUACCGAGCUCAAGAUGAAGGUGCUAGAGGAGCUUUUGACUGGGAAUUUUUUUAUAAAAGACUGCCAUUGCUCCCCGAAGAUUUACUGCAUCCUACAGAACCAUUCAGGAGUCCCGUCAUGGCAGGUGGACUUUUCGCCAUCAGUGCCAAGUUUUUCUGGGAAGUAGGAGGAUACGACGAAGGUCUGGAUAUUUGGGGAGGAGAACAGUACGAACUUAGUUUUAAGAUUUGGCAAUGUGGUGGACAGAUGUACGAUGCGCCAUGUUCCAGAGUUGGUCAUAUUUACAGGAAAUAUGCCCCCUUUCCCAAUCCAGGAAAAGGUGAUUUUGUUGGAAGGAACUACAAGAGAGUUGCAGAAGUAUGGAUGGACGAAUAUGCCCAAUAUUUGUACAGCAGGAAGCCCCAUUGGAGGACGCUUGAUGAAGGUGACCUUACAGCUCAGCGAGCCAUUAGGGAAAAGCUGCAAUGUAAGCCGUUUAAAUGGUUCAUGGAAACAAUUGCAUUUGACCUUCCUUUGAAGUAUCCUCCCGUUGAACCACCAGAUUUUGGAUUCGGAGAGUUGCGUAAUCUUGGUGUACCAGAACUGUGCGUGGACGCUACAAACAAAAACAACCAAGGCGACGUAUUGGCAGUUGCUACAUGUGUAAAAGAUUCAGGAAAACAUGGAAGUCAACAAUUUACCCUGACUUGGCACAAAGACUUGAGAGUAAACAAAAAGGCUAUGUGUUUGGAUGUUUCGGAUCCCAAUGAUAAAGCUGAAAUUACUUUGUACGGUUGCCAUGGGUAUAAGGGUAAUCAAUAUUGGAAGUUCGAUACAGAUAAGCAAUGGUUUGUCCACGGCGGCAAUCCAAGAUGUCUAGAUAUAGAUCCUGGCCGGAAGCGACUGUAUGUUACAAAAUGUGACCCCGAAUCCAAAACACAAAAAUGGAGAUUUGAAAACGUCAAUUUAACAGCUAUUGCUAACUGGGAAAACGUAGGAGUCUGAAGUAUUAAAUAAACCACCUAGGAAAUCAACAGAGUUCCUUAUUACACAGUUAAAUUAUUAGUGCGUACGUUAUGCUACACUUGUGUCUUAAGUCUUACUCGAAAUACGACGAUCUAAAUAUAACUUUUCUUUCUAAAUGUUUUUAUGUUUCUAUACUUUAUUUUGCAAAUUUUGUAAAUUAUUUCAGCUGCUCUUAUAACUUACUCAAUUGAUUAGAAUUUCACAUUAUCAUUUCACACAUUUUUCAGUUAUAGUUCAAUAGGAACUUGCACAAUUUUGUUUUAUUAAUGACAUUUCACCUGUCUCAUAUAAUUGGAGUUUGAUACAGUUUUUAAAUUUUGAAGAGAUGGUAUCGAAUUGUGUGUUUGUGUUUACUACGGAAAAUAAAACUAAAUGCUGUGUUGUUUAAUACCAUUAAAACUCCCAAUAAAAUAUUUAUUAGAUUACCAAUUGAUAAGAAACUGCGUUUAAUAAAGUGGUUACAUACAUGUUGAAAGGACAUUAAAGACAUUUUAGUUCAUUCUCGAGGUCUUCUUGCAUAUGAAGCUAAUUUUAAUGUAAGUAUUUAAUAUGUGUUGUCUGCUUAACAGUUUUUUUAAUAAAUCAAUUUUAUUUUGAACAAAUAAUAAUAAUUAAAUAAAGAUCCUUUCGGAUUGUUCCGGCGUCAUUUACAUCUUUAACCCUGUAUCAAGUAGCUAGUGUCGAUGUACACUAGCCCAGGGGGACCGACGGUUUAACGUGCUCUCCGAGGCACGGUGAAACAGCUCGUAUCAUUUUUAGAAAUGAAAAAUUGAUUGUCGUUGGCAGGGCUCGAACUCGCGUGCUUUGGUGUAUGAGGCCAGUGAUCAUGCCGUUGAAGUACAGCCGUUCACAUUUUGAACAAAAAGAAAAUAGAACUUUUGGUAUAUUUUGGUAGAUGUACAUUACAUAUUGAAUGAUAUUUACCUAUACAAUAUUUUUCUUUACUGUUUUUACUAUAAAAUUAAAAUAAACUAAUCAUAAUAAUAUAGUUUUAUGUUCAUAAUGGGUAAGUUCCCUGCAAGUUCCCUAUUACUCAGUAAUUUAUUUAUGUAAGUAUUAUAAUUCAGACAAUAAUUUGGUGUUUCUCAUCUGACUUUGCGACAGUGAAGUCUCUACUGGAUACCCUAAAAUAACUACGAGCCAAGGUUACUACAGCAAGUAGUUCAAAUAUCACCUUAUGUGUGGUAUUAGUGAGCGAAUACUUACGCUUAUGCUUAAGUAUUUUCGAUGGGAAAUAAGCCACAAUGUUACUAAAAAGAUGAAUUUAUUAACGUUUUCGACGACCAAGUCGAGUGUCGUUGUCAAAAUACAAAAUAAUACUAAUAAUAAUUGACAACGACACCCGACUUGGGCGUCGAAAACGUUAAUAAAUUCAUUUUUUUAGUAAAAUUGUGGCUUAUUUCCCAUCGAAAAUACUUAAUUAUAAAAAUGCCACAAGGAAAUAGCUUCAGAACUACGCUUCUGCUUAUUUUAUUCAGCCUUUUUUAUUUUCCGUCGUUUAUUUUUAAAUUGAAAAAUUCAAUUUACUUUUAUUCAAUUACUAUUUAUUUUUGUUGGGAAUAAACCACAAUUUCACUUUAAAAUAAGUUUAUUUGACGUUUCGAUUUCCACUUCGGAAAUCGUUUUGUUUUUGAGAAUAAAUUGAAAUAUCUUUUAAAUAAUAUUUCAAACAAAUGCCGGAAUUCCAAAAAUUGUUCACCAAAAUACUAACCAAAAUACACUUACUAAAUUAUACCGAAAAUAGUGUGUUCCUUUAAGGUAUGGAUAUAAUACACAAUUUAGAACAAAAAAGUCCUAUAACAUUUUUUUCCUAAGUUAACCGUUCUCAAGAAAAAAAUUACAUUGUUGUCCAUAUAAGUGAAUUUUUAUUUUCAUAAAUUUGAAUGACAUGGCAACGUGGCCUAGAAGAACUUGCUGUGACUGUGGAAAUUUAACCUAAUAACCCCUUGUUUAUUUACUAUUACGGCCGGUUUCACAAAGAAAAGUUAACUUAUGGUUAAGAGAUAACCAGAGGUUCCCCAUUAUACUAUAUUGGGGUAACCUCUGGUUAUCUCUUAACUUUACUUUGUAAAACCGGCCGUUAAGGUGUGAUUUUUGCGGUUGUUGACAUCAUAGGUCCCUACCUACCUGCAAAAUAAUGGAUAUGGAUUUGGUUGAUAUUUACAUUAUUUUACCUACCAGAUGCAACUGACCUACAAACCUACUUUUUUAAUCUAGAUUUUUGAGUUGCGCGUUAUUGCCAGACUUCAAUUUGCAUAUCAAAAUGUAUUUUCGUUUUUUAGUCAAACGGAUGAAUUUAGAAAAAAUGUUAUAAGACUUUUUUGUUCUACAUUGUGCCUUCUACUACAGUCGAACCCGCUUAUUAGAAUAGCCUUUGUGCAAGGCAAAAAUAUUCUUAUAACCGGGAUAUUCUAAUAACCGAUCAUUGGUGGCUAGUCGAAAUAAGUGUUACCGAAUAUACGUAAUAAUAUUAUUUACAUACUAUGCCAAUGUGUAGUUUUACAUACUAUGCCAAUAUGUAGUUUUAUUACAUACUAUGCCAAUAUGUAUAUCAUAUAAUAUAUGUACCUACAUAAUCAGUGUAUGUAAUUGUUUUAGGUCUUUUUACGUCAAUAAUACAGUAGUGUAACUAGUACUUAUCUAUGUAUGUGUUAAAUACCAAAUUACAUUACAUGCAUGUGAAUGAAUACAUUAGGUAAUUAAUAUGAAAUGUAUGCAAUAUGUAGAUAUGUAAAUAUUUUCUUAUUAAAAUGCAUAUAUAACAAAAUUACUUUUUUUUCUUGAGAAAUUAUUGGUAAUUAUAGCUUUUUCGUUGUUAAUCCGUGUGGUCAUCCUUAAUCCAUUGGUUGAAUAGAAGUUUUAUUGGCGUCAAGAAAUGGAUUGUUACAUUCUUGUUCUUUUCUCUUCUUUUCGACUUUAACAAAGCCAUAAUUCACAUCUUGCAAACAAGUAGGUACUCUCUGAGUGAAUUCUAAAUAAACUGCUUCUAACAAUUUUAUACCAGGCAACAGUGCCUUUGUGUAGACAAAUAAAAAUUAUUUUAUGACCCAUGCAUUUGUCGGCCAUGCUAAAGAUCGAAUUGGUAUUCGUAACAAAGUAAUAAAUAUUUAUUACCCUAAUAAUAUCUAAUCCAGCACUACAGGCCGUUGACGACAAACCAUAAUACCAAACAUAAUUUAAAUUUUUAGUAAAUUGUAAAAAAUAUUCUUUGACCUGCAAAAUAUGCUAAUAAGCGGUAUUAUCUAGUUAGAUCCUAUUCCAAUAAACAGAUAAAUGUAUUAAGGAGUAAAUGGAAAUGUUUCGGGAACUUGAAUUUAUAUUCCAUAAACCGGGAUAUUCCUAUAACAGGGAUUCUAAUAAGCGGGUUCGACUGUAUACCUUUAAGGAACACGCUAUUUUCGGGGACACCCAUAUCUGGAGUUGACUUUAACUAUUUUUUAGGUGAUAAAUAUUUUGACUUCCAUUUAAGAAUAGUAACUGUAAUGUUACAUAAUUUUAUAUUUCGUAAUCAUGUCACAAAACAUUCCAAAAUACGAAUUUGUGUCCUUAUUUCUUGCCAGUUUGGUCAAUUUUAAACAUUGGGCUAAUGUACUUAAUUAUUAUUGUUUUAAUUGAUAUAUUAUUGGUGUAUAUUAUUUUUCUAUGUGUAUAACUGUUCAAGUGAUAAUGUCAAUAUAUUAUUACACAUGCAAUAAGAUAUAUGUGUUCAAAAAAAGUAUAUUAAGACGAACCUUCUAGAUAUUGAAAAUUGAUAACCUUUGCUGUCGGCUAAAUAUAGAAUGGCUAUUUAAAUUUGUCAUAUAAUAUAAAUACCAAUGUCCAUAUAUAGUGGUGCAAACUGUUAGAGGUGGGAAAUUAUCAAUAGAAGCCUAUAAAUGUACAUUUAGACGAAUCGGAUGAGCUCGGCAACUGCCAGUGUGACAGGAGAAUUUUAUAAAAUUCUCCCGUGGCAGUUUGACUUCGAUACGUCUAAACGUGGGAAGCUGUCAAUAUAAUGUAAAUUUAUAGGUUUCUAUUAAUACUUUCCCACCUCUACUAGUUUCAUCUCUUUAUUUUACAACGUAUUAUGUUUUCCGUCUUUUCAAGACUUGUCUUAUCAAGAGUUAGUAUCUUGUAUUCAGAAUUUUUAUUUAUUUAGCUAAUGCCUCGACAACUAAUGGUCAUUGGCAUGGUAGGUACGGUAAAUUUUUACAGUUAGGUACCUAGUGUCAUGUGUAGUGUGUGUGUUGAGUAAGUGUCUUGUUACUUUGCAAAGUCGACGUCAUUGUCUUUGCAAAGAGACGCUAAUUGUAUCCGAACGUCUGCGGUCCCUCCGGUGAGUACCGAUCCCACAAGGACAGAAACUAUUUUCAUUUAUUAAUUUAUAAUAAACGAAAAAUUUCUGACCCUGGUGUGAUUCGAACUCACGACCUUUCGGAUUUUUCGAUCCAAAGGUAGGCGCCCUUACCACUGAGCCACGGAGGGGGUAGAAAAAUUGAUAAAAAUUGUACCUUUUCUUUUCUUACUAAGUAAGGUACGAUUUUUAUUAUAUUUCUGAAUACAAGAUACUCUUCAAAUUGUUUCCUCUCUACCGACAAGUAAUUUUGAGUCGAGAUUCUGAAAAUAUUGUGAAUUUUUGGCUGCGUCCACUAUGCUAUUGUUUUAAGCUUGAAAAUAUGGUGGGUGAUCGAUUAAUUCCCAUCCCAUUUGAUGAGUGGGCGCAUUGUCUUGUUGCAAGAGAUGUUUUUAAUAAUUUGAGAACUCAUACGGCCAUACACGUUCCACAAUAAAUUGAUAUGAGGUUAGGUAAUUCCAUGCUCUUAUCCAGUGUUGCCGAUUGUUUGUGAGACAGAAACUAAGAUAGCCUCUAAUAGAUAUUGACAAAAGCUAAAUUAGAAGACAAGCGGUUGAAUUUUUUUCAUAAAAUAAAUCAUAUAUUAAACAUUGUCACUUGAUAGUUAUUAAAGGUAAUGUACUAUGGUUUAUUUUUUAACCAGGAGGAGUAAACUAAAAAGACAGAUUCACAUCCAAGAAAGUCACUAGAAAAAUAACCAAAUACAUCUUCUUUUUGGUUGAUCAUGUCGGCCCUCAACGGUAAUUCUUGAAUAUUAUAUUAUAUCAAUACGUCGCUGAAGAGUUCUAAAAACAACUGCUUUUUAUAUCAAAUCAGACUAAAAAUCUAAAAAUUAAAGAAAUAACACAGAAAACACAAAAAAUCGCCGAUAUAACUGAAUUAACCUAUGAAAUUCCAAAAGUGUCAAAACUUGAGAACUGUCAUUAGUGUCAAAAUUUUAUAACAUUGGAGUAAACUUGCUUGCGGUUUGACCAAUUACAAACAAGCAUUAUAGCGCGGCAAAUUUGAUUCACUCUUCUUGGUUUAAAAACAAACUAUAAUUGUAAAUAUUGUAUAAAUUUUAAAACCAUGUGUAUGUUACGAAUUAAAAAGUAGAAACUAUUUUUAUAGUUUCAAGCUUAGAAAUUUUUUCUAUUUUUUAUUAAUCAACUCUGCUGAUCUGCUCAAGUAUACCCAGUUCCUUUGGGAAUCUUUGCCUUUUGAAUUUUUUCGUAGCAUUAUUAAUAUUAUUAGCAAAUAGUACUAACCGUUAAGAUAUGCAUUAUGACCUCACUCCCAGAAUUCAAUUUUUUAAAUUUUUUUGCGCCUAUGUGAUUAAAAUAUAAGACAGCGCAAUUUUAACCCGCCACUCCCUUGCCUCCUACCCAAAACCGUCUUAACCGUCAAUAUUUUGUUUUUAUAUGUUUUAAGUGGGAUGUAAUCAAUUUAAAAAUUCAAAAAAAUUCACACGCAUAGUUGAGCCUUCUACAAAACAGGUCUAUGUUUAUAGACCCGUAAGUUGAGUGUACAUAACCACAAAAUUCAUUUUGUUUAGUUUUUCGAAAAAGUGUAUAACUUUAAACAAAUUCUAACAUGAAGUAAAACCACUUCUAUGUAAUAGGUAUAUUUAAUAAAAUCUUAAAAAAUCCCAAUGGAUUGAAUAAAAUAUGUUCAUUCAGAACGUUUUCGGACCUAUCAGUCCAUUAUCAGUGAAUUCAAAUAUUUGCUAAAUAGCCCCAAAACCAAACAAGGUUUUUAAUUAUAAUUCAAUCUACAUUAUGAUGUUGUAAUAUUGAAAAGGCUAAACGCAGAUGUUAAUAGAUAUAACCUCUGGGAACAUGGUGCAACUCUAAACGAGAACCUUAACCAACCAUUUUGGGCCAACGAUGUCUACCAAGUAACUGGUAGACAUCGGUAUAAACAUAUCACUUGGUAGACAUCGUUGGUCCAAGAUGGUUGGUUAAGGCUCUCGUUUAGAGUUUCACCAUGUUCCCAGAGGUUAUAUCUAUUAACAUCGGCGUUUAACCUUUUCAAUAUUACAACAUCAUAAUGUAGAUUGAAUUAUAAUUACAACCAUUGUUUGGUUCUGGGGCUAUUUAGCAAGUCCACAAGGAAGAAUUUCCUGUAACUGGCUGUAUACCAUUAAUUACAAGUAAUUAUGUUACAAGUUAAUAGUGACCUAAUUAAUUAUUACCUAAUAACCCACUUACCACGUGUGGUAGUUAUAUGUUGCCCUAAAGCCACAUCCAUAGGAAUUAUAUCCAUCCUUUGGAUUUUACUAUGUUUACAUUUAUAUAAGACUUUUAGUCUGUUUUUAAAAGGUUUUAACCUUUGUAUUUUUGGGUGGCUCACCAUGUUCUUGUAACACUGAUGAUGCUCUUGUUACAGAGCGAAAACGUUUUAUUUCUAUGUUUGUAGCCCUAUAGGGGCUUUUUAAACUAAUAUACCUUUUAGCCGGACAAACAUUUUUUAUUAAAUUUUACUUAUGUAGCAAGUAUUUGAAUUCACUGAUGAUGGACUGAUAGGUCCGAAAACGUUCUGAAUGGACAUAUUUUAUUCAAUCCAUUGAGAUUUUUUAAGAUAUUAUUAAAUAUACCUAUUACAUAGAAGUGGUUUUACUUCAUGUUAGAGUUUGUUUAACUAUAUGGUAUACAGCCAAGCCAGGGAACUACCCCUUUUUAGUGUAUAACUUUGUUUAAAUAUGAUUGCGUUCUAUUUUUUUUCUUUUGUGGAUUUCAAAAACUAUAUUUUUAAUUUUUUCCAGAUUUUUCAGUAAGGUGCGCCACUUCCAAAAACUAGAAAAACGAUUUGUUAGGGGUUUUGUGGGAUUUCUCUCAUUUUAUACACUUCAAAAAUUGACGAAACACGUUCAAAACCACCCAAAAGAUCCAUCUUUGGAGAAAAUAUACAAAAUAAAAGAAACUUAGAUCUGCGCCAUCUCAAAAAAAGGUUAUAUACAUUUUUCAAAAAAAAUGCAUUUUUAAGUCAUGUACACCCCUUAAUGGUUUAUAAAAAAUAGAAUGUUUUGAAAAAGACUCAACUGUGUGUGUGCAGUUUUUGAAAUUUUUAAAUUGAUUUCAUCUUACCCAAAAAAAAAAUAAAAACGAAGAAAUGGCGUUUUUAGUGAAAGGGGGAGGGAUGGUUCAAAUUGCGCUAAGUUUUAUUUUUGAAGUUAUACUUCUUUACGAUCGAGAGUGAAAUUUUAUAAUUCCCUGGCGCAUGCGCAGACAGACAGCAUGUAGUUUGUUGCUAAUCUUUCAAAUUACAGUCCGUCUAAUUUACUUACCGUUGCACGUCAUUAUCUACGUCAGAGAUCUAAGUUGACAUAGUUGCCAAAGUAUAAAAAAAUCCUGAAUCCAUUUUAAAUCAAAUAGAUCACAUAAUUAUUGUAAAGGUGGAUUAUACAACAAAACAAAUUAAUAUUCAAUGUAAAUAAGUAAAAACUUAAGAAAUAGAGAACAAGAAUUAAGUUAUAAUCUUUUAAGAUUUGCAGUGAAAGUGUUUUUGCACUGCAUUGUUAAUAAUUAAAAAACGGCUCCGAACUCUUGGCAUGAAGCCGGUAGGUUUCUUUAUAUAUGUCUACAAUAACAACUAAAAAAGUUGUCAGAUACCUCGAUUAUUCCAAGUCGUGAUAAAAUUAGGUGAAAUUUAUAUUUUUAUAGUAAAGAAUAUAAACAAAUAUGAAGUGUCAUCACCGCAACUGUCAAAUAAAUGUUACCAAUUUAUGCCAAAAUAUCACCUUCGUUCGAUUACAGUUACAGUGUGUUCCGAACAAAUGUGCUUCAUAAAAACGCUUUAUAAUCCAUUUAUACAAAUUAAAUGAAACAUACUAUUGUGUAUUUCUUUAGGUUAACAUUAAUAGAGAUAUUCAAAUAUUAUUUCUACGCGUAUAUAAUAAAAUAUGUCUAGUGGCUGUAAUUCCAGUGUACUCGGCAAAACUGAUUCUAAAAAAGAACACACCUACCGCCUAAAUAUUUCGUGUUGGUAUCAUGCGACGUCACAGGCUAUGACGCAGAUGAGUGCAACGGUUAGUAAAUUAGACGAAGUAUAAUAUGUAUGUAUCAGCGCAAAUAAGUCAUUAAAAGAAUAUAUUAGUGUUUUUAGUAAAUGUAUUAUUUAUUAUAAUUUUUGUGUCUUUGGAUUUGUCUUCCUCGGGCGUAAGAUAAUAAAAUAUCUAUUUUUAUACUUCACUUGAUCUAUUUGUCACCGUGAUGUGUAAUUAUAUAAGUAUAUAUAUAACACGGGGCUUGAUAGCUUGAUUUCAUAUUCAUAUUUUUUUUUUAUAUUUUUUUAAUAAAAAUUUUUUGAAAGUGGUAGGUAAGAAAGUUAGUUUAAUAUUUAAAUAAAAUUCAAAUAAACUGUUAACGAUAAUUAUUUCGUUGAAAUUAUAUAAUAGAAGUAUAACUUCUUACGUGCGUACAAAGUACACACACAUUCUUUUUUAAUCACAUAUAACGUAAAAAACUGAAAAAAAAUAAUUCUUAGACUGAGGGUAUUUUGUCUAUCUUAAGGGGGGUACCCUUUCUAAACCCGCUUUAAUUAAUUUACACCAGUAGGGUUAAUAUUGUAUAAUUCUUAAAAAAAUAUCAACAAAAUUUCAGAUGUUAUUUUAAAUAUUGUUAAUUUUUUAUGUUAGAGAGAACUUUAUACUUCGCGUAAAACAUUUAUUGAUAAAAUUUUUAUACGAAUGACAUAUCUAUAAAUUGUAAGUUGCUGUGAUACCCAUAAUACCUUUGAUUGGAUGCCAUACGUUAGGCAGGCUGAAUUUGUAAAUUUUUAUAAUUUUGGAAAUAAAAUUUAUCUUAAUUGCU